CCCUGCUGAUUGUACUUUGCAGUUUCAGUUUCUCUUUCCUAAAGCAAACCGCAGGAAAACACAGCAAAGGAACCAAGAAAUGCCCCCAUAUAUAGAUCUCCCUAGCAUCUCUGGGAGGCAGAGCAGGAAGAUCUCUGAAGAGCACAGCAGCCUGAGUGACAGCCUUCCAGAACCGCUGAGAAGCACUCCGCAAACAUGAGCGAGAGCACCAUGACCGCCCUGGAGAGCUGCUUACCGCAGCUGAAAUGCCAUUUCAACUGGAACUUGGUGGAGGGAGGAGAGUCGCUGGAUGAGUUCGAAGACGAGGUGUGUAAUGCCACGGAGUUUCAGAACAACGAGUUCAGAGCGACGGUGUUCAACAUCCAGGCCUACAUCGAGCACCGCAGAGGCCGCGGCGAGGCGGCGCUGGAGAGCCUGCGGCGGGCGGAGGAGCUGAUCCGGCGGGAGCACCCGGAGCAAGCCGACCUCCGGAGUCUGGUCACCUGGGGCAACUUCGCCUGGGUCUCCUACCACCUGGGCAGACACGCAGACGCGCAGAUGUAUGUAGACAAGGUGAGACGAGUCUGCGCGGAGGCUCGCAGCCCCUACAGAAUGGAAAGCCCCGAGCUGGACUUCGAGGAGGGAUGGGCCCGGCUGCAGUGUGGAGGGAGGCACAACGAGAGGGCCAAGGUGUGCUUUAAGAAGGCUCUGGAAAAGGAACCCAAGAACCCGGAUUUUGCCUCGGGUCUGGCCAUCGCCAGCUACCGUCUGGACACCUGGCCGCAGCCUCAGAAUCCCGUGGACCCUCUGCGGCGGGCCAUCCGGCUGAAUCCUGACAACCAGUACGCGAAAGUCCUCUUGGCUCUGAAGCUUCAGAAGAUGAAGGAGGAAGAGGAAGCAGACAGGCUCGUGGAGGAGGCGCUGAAGGGAGCCCCGGGGACGACAGAUGUGCUCUGCCAAGCAGCAAAGCUGUAUCGGAGGAAAGAGGCCCUGGACCAAGCUGCAGAGCUGCUAAGAAAGGCCCUGGAAGGUUCUCCGGACAGCACCAUCCUGCAUUGGCGAAUCGGCUGCCUCUACAGGACCAAAGUCCUCGAGAUGCUCCAGGACCCAGGAAGGAAUGAGAUGAGCGUCCAAAGGGCGAAGUUACAGGAAACCAUAGAACAAGCUGUGUAUCAUUUAAAGAGAGUGGAUGAGGCCAAUGCAGAGUUCCCCUGUGUCUGCUCCUACCUGGCCUGCCUCUACGCGCAGGCAGGCAAGUAUGAUGCCGCGGAGCAUUACUUCCAGAAAGAAUUCAGCAAAGAGCUUUCUCCAGGAGCCAGGCAAGUGCUCCACCUGCGCUACGGCAACUUCCAGCUGUACCAGCUGAAGUGCGAAGACAAGGCCAUUCACCAUUUCAUACAGGGCAUGAAAAUCAACCAGGAAUCAAAGGAGAAAGAAAAGAUGAAAAAUAAGCUGCAGAAAAUUGCCUGUACCAGGCUUUCUAAAAACGGAACUGAUUCCGUGGCUUUGCACCUCUUGGCAUUUCUUCAGGAGCUGAAUGGAGACAUGCGGCCAGCAGAGGAAAACUCCGAGAGGUGUUUGGACUCUGGAAGCUUCCUCCAUUCAGUAUCUUUCACUGAGGAAUAAGGAAUCAACAUAUGGUGCUGGUGGAAUGAUGCAGGGAAGGGAGCAGAAAUCCCUCCACCAAGUGGGUAUUCAUGAUAUGGGGCAACUUUACAGCAGCAUAGGCGUGGACUGAGCUGCUGGCCAUGGGUCUGCACCGGGUUUGGGGAGGAUACCUGCUGGGUAUCACACAUGAAUUUCUCAGGGAGUUCUGGGACAGGGACUAGAUGGGGGGGGGGGUCACAGGGUUUGGUUAGGGGGCUACUUCCCAAUUGACCUAUUGGGAGUAGUUUGCAUUAUGAUAUUCCCUUAGUCAUCCUCCCUGUGGUGAUGUCUUGGGUUUGUCUCUAGGUUUAGAUAAAGCAGCCAGAUCCCUCACAUCUGUUAACAGUGUGGUCCGUUUUUGCAAUGUCUUUCCACCCUUGGAAUCAUUUUAGAUCUUGUGCAGUUUGGUCCUGCAGAGACACUAAUGUGUCCAUUCAAAGGCGGGGGGACCAAAGCCUCCAUAGGGCUGGGUAUCUUCUCUCCCUCACUUCUGCUUCCUCCCCAGACAGUCCUCAGUCUAUUUGAACUCAGGUUGUAUGGACAGUCUAGACUGAGGACUGUCUGGGGAGGCAGGGGUCGCCUGGGGCUGGGGUCAGUGGCAGGAUCACAGGUGUCAGGAAAGUGAUGUGGAAUUGUGUUUUGGGAGUGAUGGGAAUCUUCUAAAACUUACUGUGGUGAUGGUUGCACAGCUCUGUGAAACGCUGAAAGCUACUGAAUUGGACCCUUUAAGUGGGUGAACUGCACAGCAUAUAGAUUAUAUUUCAAUGUAACUAUUAAAAAAUCAUAAUAGCCAAAAA